CCGAGAUGACGGGCUGGGCUUUCUCCGAUGUUAUUCCGACAAGUUUACCCUUCCUCGUGCCAUCCUGGCAGAAAACGGUCAACGAGCUAUGUCAGGCAGGAGUGGAUGCCCAUUACCGUCCUUCACCAUGGCUGGUUCAUGUGGAAAUGACCAUCUUAAAGUUCUAGUACUCAAAGAGCCUCUACCCUUCAGCGAUGAGGACGUCACAUUCCGUCUUCUUUCUCUCGACGUUUGCUGUACUUUAGCUUCAUUAGCUGUUGGCCUCUCCGUCUUCCACAUCAUGCAACACGCGCUGCACUGCCUUCGCUCAUGGGAACAAAAACACAUCAUACGCAUCCUCGCUGUCAUCCCUGUCUAUGCUUGGACCACGUUCUUCUCCUACCUUUUCUUCGGUGGUGCGGUUUACUGGGAACUUAUCCGUGAAUGCUACGCCGCCUACGCUACUGUGAGCUUCUUCACGCUUAUGUGUCACUACAUAGCACCCAAUCUUCACGAGCAGAAAAACUAUUUUCGCAGUGCCGAACCGAAGAACUGGGGCUGGCCAUUGAAUUGGGUCCAGAAGCUGAGUGGUGGUGAACAUAAAGGCUGGCUGAGGAAGCCCAGAUGCGGCGUCACUUGGUUCAACAUCAACUAUAUCGGCAUCUUCCAAUACGUUGUCCUUCGAACCAUCGUAACCAUCAUAUCCGGCGUCACGCAAUUAUUCGGUCGGCUUUGCAAAGAGGAACACAAUCCACGAUACGCAUCCACAUGGACAGCCAUAUUCGACGCCGUUUCUAUCCUUGUAGCCAUGUAUUGCAUGCAUCAAGUCUACGACCAGCUCAAAGAAGAUCUCGCGCCCAACAAACCUGUUCUCAAGAUGGUAUGCGUCAAGCUGAUUGUCUUCCUUACUUACUGGCAAACAUGGCUUAUUUCCCUGCUCAUCCGGUUUCGUGUACUACAUGAAACGCGAUUCAUUUCGCUUUCCGAUAUUCAUCUUGGAAUCCCGUGUCUGCUUACAUGCGCUGAGACUUUGGUGUUUGCUAUCUUACACUACUGGGCGUUUCCGUGGAGGCAAUACGACAUUGAGCGGCUUCCAAAAUUUCCGGAGCAAGUGUACGAGUGUGGACCUAAUGAAGCGCUGCUGGAGGCGGCCAGUCCUUGGGAUUACUGCUGCGCCACCGCCCGUGGCUUCCGCUGGCUAUUAUAUGGUAUUCAUUUUCGCAAUGCUAGCCUAUUUUAUGAGCCCAACUACGAAGCCGAGGGUAUCACUACAAGAGUUCGAGACGGUACGCAGUCAGAUCCUAUGUAUGAGGUUCCGAAGGGCGUUGGUAAGCAUAAUGUGAGAAAGGACAGAAAAACAGCAUAACGGCUUGUGUUCUGGGAGAAUGGGAAGAAGACAGGACGGUGCUAUCAGAGGCCGGGCUAGAUGUAAGCUAAAGGUCUUGAGGCUAUCAGAGUCGCGCAUAGUACGUUAGAGUAACAGUACAACACAGUAGGUUUAUCCUAGAGACUGAAUACAUG